UUACUCAAUUACUGUUGAUCUGAGCCUCUAUACAAACAGUGUGAAAUACUUUAUUGGAAUAUCACAACAAAAUCUGAUUCCAACUCAUCUGGUGUAUAUUGAUAGCGGGUCAAAUGGAUAAUAACGCUUUGUUGACAACGACUGUGGGUAAAGGGUAACGUACAAAUUCCAUGAGACAUUUUGCGAAAUUACAACCCGUGAUUCAUAGCCAAAACAAGACUGUGUUCCCUUUUUCUCUGAAACAUGAACACACCGUGGUUUUACUCUGAUACCAGGAACUUCAGUCACUUGCACAGAAGGCUAUAAUCAUGCAGGGCGUAUUUACGUCUGAUGGUUUUUCAAGACGAUUUGAUAUCUGUGAGACAACAUCAUCUCGACGCUGAAGAAAACGGGGAUAGAAGACAUCUGGCUACUGCGAAAGUCAACUAUGCACUUAACCGAACACGUGGUGCCGGCUGUCAGCUGCCUGGUGGUCGUGCUUGCUCUGCCUCUCAACCUCGUGGCCAUCUACAUCCUCUGUGCGUGCAUCAAGAGGAAGUCCUCCACCACCAUGCUGAUGAUCAACCUGGCCGUAGCAGAUGUGCUCUUCGUCUGCUGCCUAUUCUUCAUCAUCCCGUACUACUUCAUGGCAAACGUGUGGGUCUUCGGACUUUUCCUCUGCCACUUCGUCUACACGGUCUUCUUUACGACCACCUACGUGAGCACCCUGUCCAUGAUGGCCAUUUCUGUGGACCGCUACCUCGCCAUCCUGUACCCCAUCAAGUCCAAGGUGUGGAGAAAGAAGAUAUGGGGCUGCAUGGCGAGUGCCAUCAUCUGGGUGGUGGUAUUAAUCCACAUUUUACCCAUUAAUCUGGUCAACUUGAUUAACAUCGACCCAGCUCACAACACGAGUGAAGCCUCCUCCUGCUAUGAUCAUUUCAGCCAAGAUGACUUGAAUUUCAUAGAGAGUCUUCGGUUAGUGCUGUGCAUAGUCUUGUACGUGAUUCCUCUGCUUGUCACAUCCUACUGCUACGCCUCCAUCAUGAAAGUGCUCCUCUCCAAAAAUGUUCUCAACAUGCAGAAAGAAAAGAAGACACGUGCCAUUAAGCUGAUCAUAAUUACGAUGCUCAUUUAUCUGUUUUGUUUUGGUUGUUACAAUGCUACACAUGUCAUCGGUUAUGUUAGCCACUCUAACAUAUGGUGGCGCCCUCUGUCACUUAUGUUCAACACCUUCAACUGCAUGCUGGACCCACUCAUUUACUACUUUGCCUCAUUCACCUGCCAGGAGGUCCUGAAACGAUACUUCAGCCAAAAAAGACGGCUCAGCAAUGGCAUUGAAGCACCUCUGGAUACCUAGCAUCGAAAGCAAGGCGGAUGUGCUUGACUUAUAAAGAAAAUAUUAGAGCCCCUAUCCAUUUCAUUGAACUAAUGGUAUAUGCACGUUUCGUUGCAGGACCCUAUGAAUAUGAACGUACAAGAACGUGUGAUGGUAGUAACAUUUUCAAUAAGAUGGGGUUCCUUGUCAUUACGCAAACAUCGUUUAGAAGUACCUGAAUUAACGUUUUCCAAAUCGCUUGGUGAGACGCGGUGGCAUCAGAUCCCUGGACAGCUCUAUCUCCGGAUUUAACGCCUUUGGAUUUAUUUGCACGGGGCUUUAUCAAGUCAGAGGUGGUAUCAAACACGAGCUAGAGAUCUGCAAGGUUUACGAUAUCAUACAUAUAUAUGGGCGACAGUUAAAAAAAAAUCAACUCCGCAGAUGCUGCAAAAUGUGUUCCGCAAUGCGGCUGAAAUAUUUUAACUGUGCCCAGAUAUUGACGGUGCUGAUGUUUGAGUGUUAAGUUUGGUACCAGUGACAAAUGCUGUUUGCGGAGGUGAGACCGACUACGUCUAGACCGAUACCUUUCCACCACCUCCGCCAGCUCCGGCUCCUUCCCCACCAGUGACGUGGGCAUGCCAACGUCCCCGUAGCGAGUUUGUCCAUCGCCGGUGUUCAGCCCGUCCGAGACCCAUCCCUCUCCCCUUUCCAUACUGGCAUCGCACACCCGCCCCUCACCCGCGUAGCCAUUCCGGGCUGGGCCCGACCGGGUUACGUGGGUCACCCGGCCACCGGGUGCUUGUCGGCGAACUGAUUUUAUAUUAUUGCGUAAUUUACCCUAAAUUGCUUUGAUUUCAAUAAAAUAGAAGGGCGCUUCAUGGACGCCCUGUAUUUUGUAUGCUCAAGGUGUCAACAUAUUCGGUCACUUGCUUCAGCGAACGUACUCUGGAGGCGUACGGUAGAAUGCAAAAUGCAUUGCGCUUCGAUUACAUGGAGACGCAGUAUGUUACAGGCAUCAAUUACAUGGAGACGCAGUAUGUUACAGGCAUCAAUUACAUGGAGACGCAGUAUGUUACAGGCAUCAAUUACAUGGAGACGCAGUAUGUUACAGGCAUCAAUCGAAAAGGUAAUUUGCUUAAAACAAAUAAAUAAUCAAUUUCUUCCCCCUGAUGACUCCCCUCGUGGUGUCUUAACUGAUCAAAACAAGCCUCUCACCAUAUUCUUGGUUCUUUCGGUAAAGUCACGUAGAAGGGUAAACAAUAAAAUAAUAAAAAUAUAAAACA